AUGGAUCACGCUCGGGGCCAUGUCGCCAUGACAUUGACAACUCAGGUACCGACCACAUGCCCAGGUACCUACCCGAUCUUGAUCGCCUUUCUGGCUAUUGUUGCAUACAGUGAAGUCUGGAGUCGUCUCGCAAAAGGCUGGUCGAGAAGGAAAGAUCUCGAAACCCCGAACAGCCCAAGGAUUCCCAUUAUUAGUCCUCUCAACCCGCCUAUCGAGGAAAAAAGUCUGGAGAGUCUCCCAGUAUCUCGUAAAAUCGAACGAAUGGACCAGGAUUUGGAGAAAUACAAACAGCUUUACCACAAAUUACACAAUCUAGAAGAUUACCCCGAUAUACUACCUGAGUCUCGCGAACUUCUCUUAUCACUUCUCUCCUCGACAAUCACCGACGCACUCAAUGCAAAUGAACAAGGUAUCCUGUCUGUUGAACGCUUCUCGCGCGACGGGUUAAGCGACUUUCUCAAGGCCAAAGAUGUCGAUGUCACCAACCGAUGGCAGGAAUAUCUCAGUCGCCGCAAAGCCGGGGGAUCUCGUGAGAUAGUCAGCGACAAAGAUGAAGCGAAGUGGUGGCUCAAGCAAGCAGCGUGUGUAAAAUACGUGGAUGGCGCAUGGCUCGGACAUAUCAAUAAGAUUAGCACACCCUUCAAGUACCGCCAUAUCACCAAAAACGCGUGGCAAGUCAUGUCGGAAGAGCUUGGAGACGGCGACCUUGCCAAGAACCACGUUCAUGUCUACCGUGAACUGAUGAAAGAUAUCGAGGCCGGGUUGCCUGCUGCUAACUUGGAAGACUUCGUCCAUCCCCGUCAAGAGCUUACCGAGACGCGGUGUUGGAAAGCCGCAUUGGCACAACUUACAAUAUCCCUGUUUCCGCACGAUUUCUUACCCGAGUCGUUGGGUUUCAACAUGGCUUACGAAAGCUUGCCUCUCCACUUGCUAAAGACGGUCAAGGAGCUUCGUGAAGUACGACUGAAUCCGUAUUAUUUCGAGCUCCACAUUUCUAUUGACAAUGCGGACUCGGGACACGCAGCAAUGGCAAUGGCAGCAGUGAUCAAUUAUAUCGAGUUGGUUGCGAAGAACGAUGGCAAGGAAGCAGCGCACGUGGCCUGGAAACGAGUGCAGGCUGGCUACAUCCUUGCAGAGGGCUUACCAACAACACCAGAGAGUCCAUCUUUGAGGAUGAAACCCAGCGACACGUUUCCUCGUACGGAUACCGAAGCGGCAUUGAUCGAAAUCUUUGCAGCGAAAAACGUUCGCUGGUCGACUGGCUAG